GGAGCGAGCUCUAAGAUGUUGUAUUGUAGUUUAGUGAAGAUAGCAAGACCAAGGGGGGAAAAAUACACCCAUUCACAAAAGGAAGUGACAUCAUGGGUGGCCACACUGAAAUGUAGUGAAGUUGAGAUUGAUGAACUCCCAGAGGGAGCUGUGAAGCCUCCAGCAAACAAAUAUCCCAUCUUCUUUUUUGGCACCCAUGAAACUGCAUUUCUAGGUCCCAAAGAUCUUUUUCCAUAUAAGGAAUACAAAGACAAGUUUGGAAAGUCAAACAAACGGAAAGGAUUUAAUGAAGGAUUGUGGGAAAUAGAAAAUAACCCAGGAGUAAAGUUUACUGGUUACCAGGCAAUUCAGCAACAGAGCUCUUCAGAAACUGAGGGAGAAGGUGGAAAUACUGCAGAUGCAAGCAGUGAGGAAGAAGGUGACAGAGUAGAAGAAGAUGGAAAAGGCAAAAGAAAGAAUGAAAAAGGAGGCUCAAAACGGAAAAAGUCAUAUACUUCAAAGAAAUCCUCUAAACAAUCCCGGAAAUCUCCAGGCGAUGAAGAUGAUAAAGACUGCAAAGAAGAGGAAAACAAAAGCAGCUCUGAAGGUGGAGAUCCUGGCAAUGACACCAGAAACACAGCUUCAGACCUGCAGAAAACCAGUGAAGGGACCUAACUACCAUAAUGAAUGCUGCAUAUUACAAGAAACCACAAGAAGUUUAAAUGUUUGGUUGUCCAAUAUUCUUGGAUUUGAUAUGAACCAACACAUAGUCUUUGUUGUCAUUGACAGAACCCCAGUUUGUAUGUACAUUACUCAUAUUCCUCUCUGUUUUGUUGGGAAAAAAAAAGACAUUUUAACCUUUUUUAAGGUUGUUGAUUUAAUUUCAUGUUAUUAGGUUGCAUGAUGUUGCCCUUAACCACUAAGAAUUACCAAAAUUUUUGCACAGACUCAAACGUCCAGGAUCCUUUUAUCAAGGCAGUUCUGUUCAUCAUUUUUCUGCCUUUACCCCACCAUCACCAAACACUUAAUAUUUUAAGUGUUUAAUAUUAAUCAGCAUUUUUAGAUGACCACAUAAUGCUUAAGGAUGGGAGUUCCUCUUUGACAGAACCCAAGAACUAAUUCCUAGAUACAUAAUGUUGGUAUAUUGAAGAUGAAAUUUAAAUCAUCCUUCAGUUUUGAGGCCAUGUGUAAAGUUCAACCAUAUUGUACAAUAUCUAUUCUGUAUUAGAAAUAGCUAGUUGACAGCUUAUACUUCUCAAAACUCAUGUUGUUAUGUACACAAUCUGAGUUUCUAUAUGUGAAGUUAGUGAGUCUUUUUGUGUUACUCCAAAAUAAAGGCAAGGAUUUAUUUUUUCCCAGUGCCAGUACAAUUUGAGCUGAUCACUCAAGAUGGAUACUUUACACUUUGAAGCUGAAAUCAGCAGCAGCCCUAUGGGAACCAGACAAAGCAUUGACUUUUAAAUACAGACUUUUAAAAUAAACUGUUUUCUUUUUGGAACUAGAAUUAGAAUAGUAAAUAUUCAUCCACAAACCAUUAUUAUGUGUACAUUAUUGUUGCUGUUGUGAUAAUAGAGAAUUUUAUUUAUUUUUAUGCCAGCUUAUAUUGUGAGAACACAUUUAGUCUGUUUGGGUUUUAUCAAUCCUGUUAUGCUUGUCCUUGGAACAUCUUUCCCAUCUUCAGGGUUUGUAGUUGAAAAGUUUACUGUAAAAAAAAAAAAUCAAAAACAAAAAAAUGUAUUGUUUUUACAGAAUAAAUUUAUUGGAAUGUG